GGAGGGCGCGCAGAGUGGAGGGGGGUUGGUCACCGGCAUUGGCGGCUUCUUCUCCCUCCUCCGCCACGGUCCGACCCCCUCCGCACCACCGCGCCCGGGCCGCGCUCCGUCUCCAUCCGUCCACACCCCCCUCCCUUCCACCACGCCACCGAGUUAACUCGCACCCCGUACAGUCACAAUGGACGCCGCCGCCGCUGCCGCCGCCGCCGCUGCUGCCGCCACAGUAGGAGCGGCGGGAGGCGGGAAGCCGUCUCUAGACGUGGUGUACCAGGCCAUACAGGCGCUGUACCACGACCCCGAGCCCGCGGGCAAGGAACGCGCCUCCGUUUGGCUCGGAGAGUUUCAGCGAUCGAUGUUCGCGUGGGAGAUCUCGGAUCAGCUGCUGCAGAUGCGCCGGGACGUGGAGUCUUGCUACUUUGCGGCGCAGACCAUGAAGAUGAAGAUUCAGUUUGCCUUCUUUGAGCUGCCAGCUGACACGCAUGCCUCCCUGCGCGACUCCCUUCUGACGCACAUCGAGACGCUCAAGGACGUGUCACCCGUCAUCGUCACCCAGCUGGCACUGGCGAUAGCGGACCUGGCCCUGCAGAUGGCAACUUGGAAGGGCUGCGUGCAGACCCUUAUAGAAAAGUAUGGCAACGAUGUGUCGUCGCUGCCCUUCCUGCUGGAGAUCCUGACGGUGCUGCCCGAGGAGGUGCACAGCCGUUCACUGCGCAUCGGUGCCAAUCGCCGCACGGAGAUCAUCGAGGAGCUGGCCUACCAUUCGGCUGUGGUGGUCACCUUGCUGGCGGCGUGUGCCGAAAACUGUGGCUCGGACGAGAAGACGCUCGUGAAGGUGUUUCGCUGCCUGGCCAGCUGGUUUAACUUGGCCGUGCUUGACUGUCACUUCAUGGCCAACAACAAACUGCUGCUCAUCCUCUUCCAAGUGCUGCAACACGACCAGGCCCCAAGCGCGCUGCACGAGGCGGCUUGCGACUGCCUGUGCUCAGCCCUCUACGGACUGGAGAACGUGCACACAGAGCUGCCGCUCGCCACGCAGCUCUUCGAGGGGGUCAUGACUCUGCAGAAUGGCUACCACAUGGCGGUGGCGCGUGAGGACCUCGACAAGGCCUUAAACUACUGCCGGGUGUUCACGGAGCUGGCGGAGACAUUCCUGGAGAUGAUCGUGCUCUCACCGGGGCACGGCCUGGGCAACCUGUGGACCCUAGACAUGCUGCUGACCUGCGCUGGGCACUGCCAAUACGAGGUGGCGGAGAUCACUUUUAACCUGUGGUACCGGCUCUGCGAGCAGCUCUUCCAGCUCAAGGAUAACGACCUGAACGCUGUGUUCCGGCCAUACGCACAGCGCCUGAUACACGCGCUCUGCCGGCAUUGCCAGAUGGACCCUGACCACGAAGGGGUUCCGGAUGAAGCGGAUGACUUUUGGGAGUUUCGCCUGCGUGUGUCGGACCUCGUAAAGGAUGUCAUCUUCUUAGUUGGCCCGGCUGAGUGUUUCGCUCAGCUCUUUGCCACCCUGAAGGACUCAAACCCUCCUUGGGAAGUCACGGAGGCCGUGCUCUUCAUCAUGUCUGCCAUCGGAAAAAGCAUUGACUCAGAUAACGCGCAGACUCUGGCAGAGGUGAUGCAGGCCGUGGUGACGCUGCCGGAUGAUGCACACCUCGCCGUGCAGUACACGAGCAUACAGCUGGUCGGCGAGCUGGGAGACUUUAUUGACCGCAAUCCGCACUUCCUGGAGCCGGUGCUGAACUUCUUGACCAAGGGUCUACGGCAGAAGGAGCUGGCGUCCGCGGCUGCGUCGGCCGUGCAGAGCAUUUGCUCGGCGUGCCGCGACCACAUGGCCGUGCACUUUGAGGGGCUCCUGCAGAUCGCGCGCUCCAUCGACACCCUGGGCCUGUCGCACGAGUCUGCCAUCGGCCUGCUCAAGGGCACCGCGCUCGUUCUGGCAAGGUUGCCUCUGGACAAGAUCUCGGAGAGUUUAAAAGAUCUCUGCGCCGUUCAAGUGAACGCACUAAAAAAGCUGUUAACACUGGAAGCAAGCAACGGUGUCUCUACUGAUCCGACAAUUUGGCUGGAUCGUCUGGCAGCAAUCUUCAGGCAUACGAAUCCCAUCGUUGAGAAUGGUCAGCUCCACCCGUGCCAAGCAGUCAUCCAGGAGAUCUGGCCCGUGCUCUCAGACACGCUCAACAAGAACCAGGCCGACAACCGCAUUGUGGAGCGUUGCUGCCGCUGCCUCCGCUUCGCCAUCCGCUGUGUGGGCAAGGGCUCGGCGAGCCUGCUGCACCCUCUCGUGACACAGAUGGUGAGCGUGUACCAGGUGCAUCCGCACUCCUGCUUCCUCUACCUGGGCUCCAUCCUGGUGGAUGAGUACGGCAUGGAAGAGGGCUGCCGGCAGGGUCUUCACGACAUGCUGCAGGCCUUCUGUGGCCCCACAUUCCUGCUUUUGGAGCAGCCAAGUGGACUGCGCAAUCACCCGGACACGGUGGAUGAUCUCUUCCGGCUGGCCACAAGGUUCAUCCAGCGGAGCCCCGUGACGCUUCUGCAGAGCGCCGCCAUGCCGGCCAUCUUGCAGUGCGCUCUCGUGGCCGCAACCCUGGACCACCGUGACGCCAACUGCAGCGUGAUGAAGUUCGUGCGCGACAUGGUGCACACCGGCAUCGUCAAUGACCACAAGGAGGACUUCGAGGCGCGCCGCGAGCUGGUGCACGGAAUUCUGCAGCAGCAUGGACAGGUGCUGGUGGAUCGCCUGCUGCAGGCCGCCUGUUUCUACCUGCCCCCGUCCACACUAUCCGACCUCUCUGAGGUGCUCUGGGAGCUGGAGCUCUUCGACCGAGCGACCUUCUGCCGGUGGCUGGAGCAUUCCCUCAAGGGUCUUCCCAAGGAGUCGACGGGAGGAGCCGUCACUGCCACCCACAAACAGCUGACAGACUUCCACAAACAGGUCACAAGUGCAGAGGAUUGUAACACAGUGACCUGGGCUCUGCGAGAGUUCACCAAGCUGUACAGAUAGCCACACAGUGGACGUACUGAUGGGGUUUGCCGUGGCAGGUGGUGGCCUCGAGCUGCUUCUCCGCAGCCUCUGACCCUGCAACGAGCCUUGCUUGGUGCCACAAUGAAGUGUGGCGAGGGAUUUUGACUCCUCACCGAGACGACAAUUCGCGCCGCUGGACAGUUUGUUAGACCACCUUGAACGCAUCUCAAUCUAGGAUGAGCCUUUUCCUUUACGACACGGACAUUGGGUGUAAAUAGAAUGCACGUGAAAAACUCGUCGGCUUGGAGGGCGGGGCAGCAAUACAAGAGGGCAGUUAUUGCAGGUGCUGGUGGAGGCUGGAAAUGGGGAGAGAAAGGGGGGAGGGUGAAUAUUGUGGUAGGAAGCAGUGAGGAGGAGCACACUGGGGAGCGAAGUGGGCCUGAUUGAAAGCGAGCUGAAGACACAACACACCUUGCUUUUAUGGUCUUAAAGUACGCGCUGUUGCCGCCCGACGAGCAGCGCACGCGGGGCGAUUGUUCGCGUCGGUUUGUCAGCAUUUCCCAUAACCGCUUGCUGCUCUGACUGCCACGGCGAGGCAACGCCGCUAUCGCCUCCCCCCCAUUGCCUUUGCCGCGUGCAUUCCGGACGAGAGCGCACCACAGGGAGAGAGAGAGACGACGCCGUCGCCACGCGCACGCGAACGGGUCACACAGCGGUGACGGACACGGCGGCGAUUCGGGCAACGCGCGCGUACGAACGAGCGAUGAGCGGGGAGAGCAGUUUUAUACGUUUUAGAGGAGCGUUUUAGAACAAAGAAUGCAUAGGCGGCGCGCGCACGCGUGUGUACGUUAACACCUCCAACCUUGCAGUGCCAUAAAUUAGUAGCGUUGAGCGUGACUCGGGAAAUUGUUUGCCAGCUCCUAGCCCACAGCGCGUGCUUGAUGUCCCUUGCGCAGCUGGGCAAAACCAAACCAGAAUUCCAACAUUAAACAGUGUUUUUUUUUAGAUUUGAAAGAUAUAUAUAUAUUUUUUGGGUUGUAAGUGUAUUUUUGAAGAGGACCCCUUUAUUUGGAAGUAUUUUGAAUCUUUAUUUAAUUAGGAUUUAAAACAUAAAAUGAAGCUGAUUAAUCAUGUUAAAAUUAAGCUAGGAGUUGUGCAAAAUAUAGGAACAAGCAAUUGAAACAUUUCUGCAGAAAUUAUUUUUUUCGUUUAAAUGCAAAGCCAGAAAAAGAGAGAUAGCCGUUUACAGGAUUAGAAUGAUUGACAUUGUUUCGCAUAUCAUUCGAGAGCACAGUUUCAUGGGCAACAUUGGCACUGGUCCAGUGGCUGCCCAUAACUUUGCUCGUGUCAGUCCUAACUUUAAAAGCGUGUGGCAUUUAAGUUAUUUUUCCAAGAUGUGAAAGUGCAAAAGUAAUAUUUUGUACAUUAAACUGGAAUGUUGGGAAAGUGAGCACCUUCGCUCUGUUGUAAACCCCCCUGUUGCUUGAAUCGGCCGGUGGGGAGUUUUUUUUGACGGCAGGUGGAAAAUGAAGAGAAGCGGUGCGCGCGCAGAUUUGCGAAACGUUGAGCUUCCUUAAUUCUUUUUUUUGAGACUGUCAAAUGUUUAUUUUUUUUCCCCGUUCACGUUCUUCGACAGCGUUAGUUAUAAUUUUUUGUGUCUUUUAGCACGAAGCGGCGUUUACGAUUGCUGUGCUGUGGUCACGACGGUAUUGAUCGUCAUUCGGGUUUCCUUAAGAAUUAGAAGACGAAAUCAAGGCAGGCUUUGAAUGAAAAAUUGAGUGAGACGUACUGUGUAUCAUCAAUUCAGAAUCUCAAGCGAAGGUCUUUGUAUAGAAUCCUGGCAAGAUUAGUACGUUUAGUACUGGAGUGGUGUACAUAGUAUGCACACAUUACCAUAGACACGGAAACAAAAUGUGAUUCAAUUUAAAUUAUGGGAAACUGGUUUGCGUUAGCUCUUGCUUUUUUUGCGUCGUUAUUUUUUCUUAAAUCCGCCCCAUUGGAUUUAACUUUUGGAUCAAGAAGUCUCAAGUGCUGCCGUGAUGAAGCCCACAAUUACCUUGCCUCUUGCCCUCGGAACAUGUCUGUAAUUCGGCCAGUGGCUCGCACGUCUUAUGUUUUUUUUUUUCUCUUCGUAAAAGCGAGGAUGCGGUCACCUCGCGCACAGGUCUCGGAAAACUCUUUGACGGGCUCUCGCCCACUCUGCGUCAACGGCUUGCGUCGGAUUGCGAACGGACGGGUUUUUUUUGAUGUACCUUAGCGAAAUCUAUAAAACUGUCGGAGAUGGA